AUGUUCGCCCACCCUUCUCCCUCCAAAUCCUGCCUUUUACCAGUGAAGCGACCGCAACAGGAAAGCAUCCAGCCGACGCGCUGGGGCAGAUGGAUGCUGAGGGACAAGCAGCGCUGUGCCCCGCAAGGCUGGUCCCUUCAGCCCGCACAAAGCCAUCGCGGGGGCGAGGGGGCGUUAAUCCCGUGUCGGACAGAGAUUCCUGGGAGAAGGGCUUCGAUCGGCGUGAAUUUCACCUCAACUAACGGGAAGGAUCCCGAUCCCCUAGGUGCCAAGAAGUGGCUGGAAUGGAGGAAAGAGAUGGAACUGCUUUCUGAUGUAGCCUACUUCGUCCUUACCACUUUGUCAGGUUAUCAGACUCUGGGUGAAGAGUAUGUUAACAUUGUUCAAGUUGACUCAACCAAGAAGAGGGUACCUUCUUUUCUUCGACGGGCCAUCUUCGUUUCUCUUCAUACUGUACUACCCUAUUGCUUAGAAAAGGGAUUGCUGCAUCUGGAACGUGAGUUGCAGAUAGAAGCUGAUGAGUCCAGAACCUCGCAGAGCAGCCCAGCACUUGGCUUAUCCAGUAGGACCUUAAUACGAAACUGGAUACAGAAACAAGUUGGGGAGCUUACAGAACAGCAGAAGAAAACAGUCUUACAAAUUGUGUAUGUUCUUAAACAAUGCAUACCUGUGCUUCAUCGACUACAUCUGGCAGUAUUCUACAUAAGUGGCGCUUUUUAUCACCUGUCUAAAAGAAUCACAGGAAUCACGUAUCUGCAUUUUGGAGGACUGCAAGGAGAAGAUCAGAGUAUUCGAUCAAGUUACAAGUUUCUUGGAAUAAUUUCACUCUUCCAUCUUCUUCUAACAAUUGGUGUUCAGAUGUACAGCUUCAAACAGAAGCAGAGAGCAAGGCAGGAAUGGAAGCUACACCGCAACCUAGCUCAUCAGAAAAGUAUGACCAAGGAAAAAACUACUGGGCGCCACUCCCGCUGCACUUUGUGUCUAGAAGAACGGAGACAUACAACAGCCACACCUUGCGGCCACCUGUUCUGCUGGGAAUGCAUCACGGAGUGGUGUAACACCAGAACAGAAUGUCCACUGUGCAGAGAGAAGUUUCAUCCUCAGAAACUGAUCUACCUACGUCACUAUCAACUGUAAAGGAAAAAAAUCUAUUCUGUUUCACGACAAGGGCCUCAGCUCAUACACGCUUUAUAAAGUUGUCAUACAGCUUCAGUUAGUCCAAGAAAAAGACUCAAUUAUAAAACUGGUAACUGCCUGUGCAAGGUGGCACUUCAUUCCUGUUUUACAGAAUAAAUCUACUUCAGCCUC